UAUCGGGAAGGUUCUCCUCGCCGCCUCUUUGGUUCUACACACACGAAACAAAGAGAGAGAGAGAGAGAGAGAUUUGGGAAGAUGUGGAACAACAAGUAUGAUUUGGAGUCGGCGCAGACGCCUCUGUACCCGAUGAUGUUGGAGAGCCCCGAGCUCCGUUGGUCUUUCAUCCGCAAGGUCUAUUCCAUCAUCUCCAUCCAGUUGCUCGUCACGAUCGCCGUCGCCGCCACCGUCGUUAAGGUUCAUUCGAUUUCUGUCUUCUUCACCACCACCAACGCCGGCUUAGCGCUUUACAUCCUUCUUAUUUUCACUCCGUUGAUUGUUCCCUCUAGGUAAGAUCUCAGUGAUGAUCUAUGGUUGUAUUGCAUCCAUCAUCUUCUGUGGCUACAUUGUCUAUGAUACCGACAACUUGAUCAAGAGGCACUCGUAUGACGAGUACAUCUGGGCUGCUAUCUCUCUUUAUUUGGAUGUCAUUAAUCUCUUCCUCUCUCUCCUCACUCUCUUAAGAGCUGCUGAUAGUUAAAAGCGCUCUACUUUCAUCUGUUCUAAUUCUUUUGUCUGCAGAAGGUAAUAUUUGGCUUGUAAAAAAAAAGGUUGAACGUUGUAACAUGACACAGGAAGCCAAUAAUAUAUUGUACUUGUUAGCUUUUAAAA